UAUGGUUGGAAUUUAAAGAUCUACACUAGUAUUUGAAAAUCUAACCAGUAUUCUACAUCUCCUCCUCCUGUACAUUCUCUUUUCCUCUCUUUUCUUCUUAGAUCUAUCCUUUUGGAACCAUUUUGAACUUUUUUUAUACUCAAGUUUGGAUAUGUUAUCCAAGUGUGAGUACCAAGAAAAGAAACCAAAUCUAUAAUUUUGUUGUAUUGGGGUGAAAAUAUGGUGAAACCUUUGUCAACUUGGCCAUGGGAGAACUUAGGGAACUUCAAGUACUUGUUGUAUGGACCUCUAAUUGCGAAAGUUGUACAAUCAAAACCAUGGGAUCAGGAAGCAAUGCAAAAAGAUGCAUGGUGUUUACAUAUAUUAAUCAUUUGUGCUCUUAGAGGUCUCAUGCAUGCAUUCUGGUGUUCAUUCUGUAACCUUCAUUCCCUUACUCGAAAGCGAAGUAUUCAUCAAGUAGGAGUUGAUUUCAAACAGAUAGAUAAAGAAUGGCACUGGGAUAACUUCAUCAUACUUCAAGCUUUCAUGGCUUGUAUGGCAUAUUACAGCUUCCCAUUCCUUGGGAAUCUUCCUAUGUGGAACUCAAAAGGGUUAAUUUUUGCUCUUCUACUUCAUGUCGGAGUUUCGGAGCCUCUAUAUUAUUGGGUCCAUAGAUUUGUUCUCCACAGUGAUUUUAUGUUCAAGAAUUAUCAUGCAAUCCACCAUGCUUCUCCAGUUCCACAACCUUUUACUGCUGGGCACGCAACUCCUCUGGAGCACCUAAUUUUAGGUUCACUUAUUGGGAUCCCUACACUCGGGGUUUCAUUAAUUGGAUAUGGAUCCGUUGGCAUGAUCUAUGGCUAUAUUUUAGCUUUCGACUUCUUGAGAUGUAUGGGACAUAGCAAUAUAGAAGUUGUUCCGAAUUGGGUCUUUCGGAUAUUUCCAUUUCUUAGAUAUCUGAUCUACACACCAACGUACCACAACCUGCAUCAUAAGGAAAUGGACUCAAACUUCUGCUUGUUCAUGCCUCUCUUUGAUGCAUUAUGGAAUACGAUACACAAAGAGUCGUGGGAGCUCCACAAGAAAAUAAGUACAGGUGUGAAUGCAAGAGAACCUGACUUUGUCUUUCUAUGCCAUGUCGUGGAUGUACUCUCUUCACUGCAUGCACCGCUGUUUCUACGAUCAUUCGUUUCUAUACCGUUUGAGAACAGGCUCUUCUUGUUGCCUUUUUGGCCAUCUGCGUUUGUGACAAUGCUAAUACUGUGGGCUGUUUCCAAGACUUUUGUUAUCACUUUUUAUAACCUCAGGGGCAGAUUGCACCAUUCAUGGUGUGUCCCUAGGUAUGGUUUUCAGUAUUUCUUGCCAUUUGCUAAAGAUGGUAUCAACAAUCAAAUAGAAGAUGCAAUCCUUAGAGCCGAUAGAACUGGGGUUAAGGUCAUUAGCCUCGCAGCGUUGAACAAGAAUGAAGCUCUAAAUGGAGGUGGAACGUUGUUUGUUAAGAAGCUUCCAAACUUAAGAGUCCGUGUUGUCCAUGGAAACACCUUAACUGCCGCAGUAAUUAUCAAAGAGAUCCCAAGUGAUGUCAAGGAAGUAUUUCUGACUGGGGCUACUUCUAAGCUCGGUAGAGCAAUUGCUCUUUACCUCUCCCGACGCAAAGUUCGAGUUCUGAUGUUAACAUUAUCCAAAGAGAGAUUCCAAUCUAUUCAAAAUGAAGCUCCAAAAGAACAACAAAGUUAUCUAGUUCAAAUUACCAAAUACGAAGCAGCCCAGCAUUGUAAGAUGUGGAUCGUCGGUAAAUGGCUAACACCUGGACAACAACGAUGGGCACCACCCGGAACUCAUUUCAAUCAGUUUGUUGUUCCACCAAUUUUCCCCUUCAGAAGGGACUGCACAUACGGAGAGCUUGCUGCCAUGCAACUACCCGAGGAUGUUGAAGGACUUGGAACGUGUGAGUAUACUAUGUCGCGGGGAGGAGUUCAUGCAUGCCACGCAGGUGGUGUUGUUCAUUUACUAGAAGGCUGGACACACCAUGAAGUUGGUGCCAUUGACGUUGAUAAGAUAGAUAUUGUUUGGGAAGCUGCCCUCAAGCAUGGUCUAAAACCAGUUUUCUCUUAUCCCUAAAUCUACCUGUAGACUCUAGUGGUUCUAUUGUUUGUACUUUUUCCAUUUCAACACACUGGACAGAAUUGUAUGUUGCGUUAAGGUAAAACCAAGAAAUUUAUGCUCACAAGUGUAAUUUGCUUCGGCACAUUUCAAUUAAGACAUGUUUUUCUCCUAUGUUUCAUGAUUUUGUAAAAAAAAUUCUACUGCAGUAUUACCAUCCAA